AGACGUGGCCGCGGCCCGGUCGGUUCGUCUCGUGCAGAUAUUGUACAGAGCUCGGAUGAAGCGGACGUACUUUCGAACAGAGCCGUGAAGUGACCAAAGCCAAGAAUCAAGUUUCUGCCGAACUGAGCAUUCGCACUCUGAGAAACUUUCUGCGCCAAAUCUGGAAGACUUUUGAAACCAUCAGUUUCUAGUUUAUGUGAAAAAUCAGGCAUUUUUAGACAGUUCUGUGCCUGAGGGUGUGAUAGAAGCGAACGGUGCCACGUGCCCAGACUUAGGCCCAAGUGUUCGUUACCAAUCGUGUUAUGGGUCUCCUGCGACGGAACAGUUUGAACAUUUCGUUCGGCAAAUGGCUCUCGCCAGGGAGUCCCACCGGUUCUACACCCGCAGCGGCCACAACCGGCACCGGUCGGGGCAAUUUUGGCAGCUCUGUGGCCAUCCAGAAGCUGCGCGAGAGCAAGUGGUUCGACGCCGGCGAGGAGCGCAUCUUUUGCGCCGUGAUUGAGAACGGGUUCAUUGUGGAGGUGCGCCACUCGGAAACCGGCGAAAGCUGGUUUGGUGUGGUCACGAUCGAGCUGAAGAAAUCAUCGCCUAAGCCAACCGCAGAGUGUGUCAAAAUCUAUUCCGUUCGUAUGAAAAGUGCGGAGAAGAAGCCAAUGAAGGUAUGCUGCGUUUCGUUGAGGAAUCUGUGGCAACAAGGGUACCAGCUGCGAAUCAACAACAUUGCGGACCGCACAAAGAAACCACAUCACGAAAACGACAUUCUGGCGCAGAUCAAAUAUGCCUCCAAAUGCCAGAUGGUCUUCCACAACAGCCAACAUUUCUGUGAAUUCUGUCGAUAUGGGGACAGGCCUCAGGACAGCCGGAAGCGACAAGUAAGUGCGUUGCUGAAACGUUUCGAGGAUGCAUUGCAAGGAGCGCACAACAGUUACUUCUGACCUAUACGACUGCUGCCUGGAAAGAGCGCAAAGAAGAUAUCGGACUGCGCCAAGUGGGGCGGCGUUAAUAUGGGAGCCACACUGAUAUUUAUGGAAAUGCAGAAGAAAUCCAAAUCGUCGUCAGAGUGAACCGGAAUGAUGCUGCAACCACGCAAAUGCCAUAAGUUCGCAAAGCGCCAGGUUAAUAGAUUUAAGCAUUUCAAAAAAUAGCCCGAAUAUGGAGCUAAAUUGUGAUUUUUGUAAUUUUUCCAAAUUGCUUUACCUCUGCGCUGAAGGAGUACAUGAGCGGAUAAUGAAAAUAUAUACUGUAGGGAUAGGUUCAUAAGGAAGUAGCAUUAAGAUUCCAUUAGGAUGUAGUCGAUUGAUCUAAACGAUCGUAAAAGUACCAAUAUCAGAUAAAUUCACAAUGUGAGUUUUUCCAAAUUGUAAAGCGCGUGCGUGCGACAAUUUCAUUAAACCCAAUGCAUUGUUAGCGAAUAAAGUUGUCCCGAUAUGUGCAUAAAUAUUAUCAAUGGAUAAACAUAAGUAAGUAAGAUUUUCGUUACAUCUGGGA